CAGUCUCUUUCCUUCAAGCCGCGAUGAUGCGAAUUCAUGCCCGCUUUCUCAGCUCACUAGCAGCCCGCUGCUCAACAUGCUCGCAUUCUCUACCAACAGCCUUGCCUGCAUGCAGCCAGUGUGGCUCAAUCUCGCCUGUUCCCCCAACGACGGCCCAUCAUGACUUGUUCAAUCUUCCAAUUUCUCCCAAUCCAUUCGUCAUCGACCAGACACUCCUGAAGCGCCGGUUUCGAGAGGCACAGGCAGCGUGCCAUCCCGAUUCUUGGACUUCCAAGGGCCAACAUAAGCAAGACAUCGCGCAAGGUCUUUCAUCUCGUCUCAAUGAAGCAUAUCAGACCCUUUCAAAUCCUCUCCGUCGCGCGGAGUAUUUGCUUGAGAAGCAAGGGAUGCCAAUAUCUGAGCACGAGACCUUGGAAGACAUUGAUUUCAUCACCGAGAUAAUGCAGACACGAGAGGACAUUGAAGAAGCAGAGGAUUCGACAGCGCUCUCCCUUGUUGCCGAUCAAAAUCGAGCAACCAUAGACCGGACGGUAGAAGAGUUAGCAAGUGCUGUGGGGUCUGGAUCUUGGGACAAGGUCAAAGAGGAGGCUGUCCGUUUAAAGUAUCUGGAAAGUAUAGACGUGGCUGCUAAGCAAAAGGCAGAAGAAAUAGGGAGUUGAUACUAUCUCAGUCCACUUGUUCUGUGAGAUAGACAUGAUCUAUGCGACUAGAUUCGGACCGAGAAAGUAAAAAAUCCUGCGUGACGAAGAUACUGUCACACUUGCUCUUUGCUUGACCAGUUCUCUGUCCCUGUCUAUGAGCUUUGGGUUGAUCGUCCAGCACAGGCGUCGCCUUCUCAUGCAAUUUGAGAAGCACAAGAGAGACGCAUCGACUGCUGUGAAACGUUCCUUUGCUCAAUCAUCACCUCCAAUCAUCGACUCCCCUUCCACUUCUAAACUUCCACGUUUCCACAACUCCCCGUCUAUCUCCUCCUCCAAGAUGCCGGACAAAAAAGCGCAUCCCUCUUCCUCGUCUUCGCGUCGACCAUCUUCCUUCCGGCACAAUAAGGGCCAUUCUUCACGCGCACCCCCACAACCUUCCCGGCCGAAGUAUCCAGUCGUCGAGGGCCCGCUUCAUGACAGUGCAUACGUCGAGUCACAACAUGGAGGCAGAGUCAAACUAUCUUCGAAACAUCUUUCCGCUCCGAAAAGUUCAGUUAACAACUGGGCAGCACAAGUCUUGGGUAAAAUCCCUCAGUACGAGACUGGCCAAGUGGUGGUGGGUGGUCGUGAAGUUUGGAGAACUACCGUUCAGUUGGAGACCACCCCACCUUUGACUGGAAUCGGCGACGACACAAACAAGUCAAAUUCAGUGUCUACAGCAGCUCUAUCACUUGCAUAUCAGUUGAAUCAGUUAGGAACUCUCGAUAAUCCUCCGAAAGCGAAAGCAGAAGCACCUCGGACCACCGCUCUUUCAGACGGCACUGUCGUGACAGUCGACCAAGCGCGUGCAUUCAUGGACUACUAUUGCCGGAAGUUCGGGUUUGAGCGACCAGACAUCAAAUUAGAAGAGAGUCGAUCGGGAUGGGGGGCAUUCAUGGAGGUCGGUGGUCGCAGGAUUGGGAUCGGCAAAGCUGGCAACAAGAAGAACGCAGAGACAGCGUGCUACUUGGAUGUGACGAAAUAUCUGGAGAGCUGUGACCCGGAACUAUGGAAGGCUUACGUUGAAGCGGAUUUGGACGGAACUGCUCUGGGAAUGGCGCCCAGAGUCUUUUUCGAGAUGAGCGAGGAGCUCGACGAUGAAGUUCGUGAUCUUUGCGUGGACAUCAGGAAGAGUCAACUUUUUCGGAAAAGACCUGUCGUCAGCGCCCAGGCCCCACAUACUGCCGGAGCUAUUGCCACAGCACCUCGGGUUCAUCGCCGGUUUGACCCUGAGAUGGCACAGGCCAAAUCAGCUCGACUUUCCCAAGCACGCAAUGAUUACCUCGAGAAUAGCAAGUUGGAGAACCUCCGGAAGCAAAGAAUGUCACUUCCCGUAUUCACCAAAGCCGACGAACUUCUCGCCCACGUCAAGGAUAACGAUGUAACUAUCUGCAUGGCUGCGACUGGUUCUGGAAAAACAACGCAGAUCCCGCAACUGAUCCUGGACAGCUUCAUUGAGGAAGGUCAAGGCGCUUCGUGUAAUAUCGUCUGCACACAGCCUCGACGUCUCGCAGCGCUCAGUGUGGCAGAUCGUGUCGCGAAAGAACGAGGGGAAACUGUCGGGAAUUCGGUUGGGUAUCAAGUGCGAUUCGAGGCCAAGCUACCUGAGGAAAACGGGAGCAUCACGUUCUGCACAACCGGAGUUUUCCUCAAGCGGAUGCAAUCGAGCAUGAGCAACGACGGGCGAGAGGGUCGUCCGUUGGAUGAUGUUACUCACGUUGUGGUUGAUGAAGUCCAUGAACGAGACGUGGACACUGACCUGCUACUGGUCGUCCUCAAACAGCUGAUGGAGGACCGCAAGCGCCGGAACAUUCCACUGAAGGUCAUCUUGAUGAGUGCGACUAUCGAUCCCACCCUAUUCCAGAACUACUUCCUUGAUGAUCACAAUCGACCUGCGCGGGUCAUUAGCAUCCCUGGUCGAUCUUUCCCAGUCGAGAAGCAUUUUAUGAAUGACUUCAUCCCCACUAUCCUCAAGGGACCUGCCUCCUGGAUCAUGUCCGAGCAAUCCGUCUCCAGGUACAUCGAUCGGGAGAUGUCGGUCGUUCCCUUGUCUGGCCAGGAGGAAGACUUGGACCUCCCCGCUCCGUUGGUUGCGGCCACUGUGGCGCAUGUACUACAAUUAACUGACUCCGGUCAUGUGCUGGUCUUCCUCCCAGGAUGGGAGGACAUAACGGCUGUUCAAAAGGCGCUCCUGACCCCUAAAGGGCCACUAGGCAUUAAUUUUAACGAUAGCUCGCAAUUUUCGAUUCACCUCCUCCAUUCGACCAUCCCUCUCGCCGAACAACAAGUUAUCUUUGAGCCGCCCAGCGCUGGUGUUCGACGCAUCAUCCUCUCCACGAAUAUCGCUGAGACCUCAGUGACUAUUCCGGACGUCGUAUACGUCGUUGACUCUGCCAAGGUCAAGGAACAGCGAUACGAUCCGCAAAGGCACAUGUCGUCUCUGGUUUCUGCCUGGGUCGGAUCCUCCAAUCUCAAUCAACGUGCUGGUCGUGCUGGCCGGCAUCGACCAGGUGAUUACUACGGCUUGAUCGGUAAAUCGCACGCGGAUGCUCUGCAGCCAUAUCAAACGGUCGAAAUGAAGCGGGUGGAUCUCAGUAACGUCGUCAUGCAUGUGAAAGCACUUAAUUUCCCUGGCAUGACGGUCGAGGAUGUGCUCGCUGCUUGCAUCGAACCCCCGCUGACGGAACGAGUCGCAGCUGCCAUGAAAGACCUGCAGAUGGUUGGAGCCUUGGACGCCCACAAAAACCUUUCAUCUCUAGGCCGGGUCCUCUUGCAGAUUCCUGUCGAUGUGCAGCUGGGCCGCCUUGUGUUGUAUGGGUGCUUCUUCCGCUGCCUUGAUCAAGCGCUGACACUUGCCGCGAUCUUGUCCAAUCGCGAUUCAUUUGUGUCGCCCAUGCAUCUGAAGGCAGAGGCAUCCAAAGCCAAGAUGUCAUGGAGUUCAUCCACUUUCCGGUCUGAUGCGCUUGCAGCUGUUGCCGCGUACAAUGCUUGGUGGGCCAUGCAAUCGAGGGGUGAAUAUGUCAGCGCGAAUCGGUUCUGCUCGGAGAACUUCCUGUCGAAACCUACUCUCCUCACGAUUCAGAAAGUCAAGUCCCAUCUGCUGCAAUCCUUGUUCCGUAUCGGGGUCAUAGAUGUCUCGGCGGGGACCACCUCUUCCGCCUCCCAGAUGGGGCGGUCCUUCCAGGUUCCUCCUGUGCUCAAUGUCAAUGGCAGCUCCCAAGCUCUCCUUGCCGCGCUGAUUGCCAUUGCUUCUCAACCCAAGUUUGCGAUCCAGACUGGGGACAAAAGUUUCCGGACCGCUCAGGACAAGAUGACAUUCAUCCACCCAUCCAGUGUGAACAACCGAAAACACAUCAAGGAGGAUGAACAAGAAAACAGGCAGUUGUUCGCAUUCAUGGAAAAACGACAAAACGCGACCGUGUCGACGACGCCUCAAACCAUGCUCGUGACCACCACCAAGCUUGACCCGUUGACUUACAUGUUGUUCGGCGCAUACAAGCUUGAGAUGAACCAACGGGGUAUCGACUGCGACGGGUGGCUCCCGAUCGUGGGCAAAUUGGAUACCCUCGACGACGUGUACCGGCUGAAGACGUUGAUGGAAUCCAGCAUGCUCCGGGUGUUUGAGGGAAUCACCAUGAGCCGACGCAGUUUUAGAGCUGCGAACUUGCCUAUUCUUCCUAGAGAGGAGGCUCCCGAGUCAGAAACGGACGACGAAGUCACCCAGGAUCUCUCCAUGUCUCGAGAGGAGCUGAAAGAGCUCGAGAUGCUCACCCGGGACAUCGUCCGCAUCCUCAAUCGGUACAGUGCAGAACGAGAAAGUCGAAACAGGACUUUCUCUCGGCCGGUGACACCCUAUCGCUCAGGCUUCAACACCCCACGCUCGUCUCGCCCAGCAACUCCCAGUCGCUUUAAUCGACUGCCAUUUUAGAUAUAGGAACGCAUAGAUAGUAUCCAUUCCAGCAUAAUACUCCUACUGUAUCAUAGCAUAUUCAAAGUUCAUCUGCCCACUCAAUCUGUCACGUGCCCUGCUUUCCGAUCAUCCGCGAGCUUCAGCUUCAGCCUUAGGCUGCUUCACCAUUCACCGUCCCAGUGAUACCCCCCGCUCCAUUCUCCAAACAUGGCGUCCAACAUGCGAGGUCUCACGCAGUUCAUCGCGGACAUCCGUGGUGCACGCGUGCGAGAACUCGAAGAGAAGCGCAUAAACAAGGAGAUGGCCAAUAUACGGAAGAAAUUCAAAGGCUUGUCCUGCUCCGCCCUCGGUGUACCCGAGCUCACUCUAGCCCUCAGACGGCAAUUUGGACGGGUACCAAAAGAAGAAAUAAUAUUCACGUACAUCCUGGGCUACAAGGUCGACGUGGGACAUAUGGAAGCGGUCAACCUGAUCUCCAGUUCAAAAUACAGCGAGAAGCAGAUCGGUUAUCUUGCCGUGACGCUUCUGAUGCACGAAAACUCCGAUUUCCUUCGCCUGGUUGUGAACUCAAUACGCAAAGAUUUGGAUGGCAACAACGAAAUCGACAACUGCCUCGCCCUGCAUGCCAUCGCUAAUGUCGGAGGGAGUGAGAUGGCGGAAGCGCUUGCAGAGGAUGUGCAUCGUUUGUUAAUAUCUCCAACAUCAGGGACAUUCGUGAAGAAGAAAGCCGCGCUGACACUACUGCGACUAUACCGAAAACAUCCGGACGUCAUUCCGGCGGCAGAAUGGGCUUUGCGGAUAGUGUCAAUUAUGGAUGACAACGACCUGGGAGUGGUCGUAUGUGUGACAAGCUUGGUCAUGGCGUUGGCUCAGGAUCAUCUGGUACCUUACGCGGUGUGCUACACCAAAGCUGUUGAUCGACUGAACCGACUUGUGGUUGAGCAUGAAUACUCGGCAACAUAUGCCUAUUACAAAGUGCCUUCUCCGUGGCUGCAAGUGAAGCUGUUACGGCUUUUGCAAUACUACCCUCCCUCAGGCGAGUGCUGUCUUCGGACUGGAGCGCCCGCUGACCUGAAUGCAGAGGAUCCCAGCAUUCAGUCUGUUCUUCAGCAGGUUUUGCAGACUAUCAUGAACAACAGCGCCGAACCAUCACGCAAUGUGCAGCACAACAACGCCCAACACGCCGUGCUAUUUGAGGCCAUUGGACUGGCGAUCCAUCUCGAUACCAACUCACCUCUCGUGAACACUGCGGCUGUGCUUCUGGCUCGGUUCAUCUCCUCGAAAGAAACGAAUGUGCGGUAUCUCGGUCUCGACGCGAUGGCCCAUCUUGCUGCACGUGCGGAGACGCUGGAGCCGAUCAAGAGACAACAAAAUGUGAUCAUCAUGUCAUUGCGGGACAAAGAUAUUUCUGUCCGCCGACGAGCUCUGGAUCUGCUUUACAGCAUGUGCGAUGUGGACAACUCAGAGUUGGUCGUCGGCGAGCUCUUGCGGUAUCUCGGUGUUGCCGAUUACGCGUUGCGGGAGGAGAUGGUGCUGAAGAUUGCCAUUCUAACGGAGAAAUAUGCGAGCUCGUACAAGUGGUAUGUGGACACUAUCCUCCAAUUGAUCAGCACUGCUGGGGAUCACGUGGGAGAUGAGGUGUGGUAUCGGGUCGUCCAGAUCGUGACCAACACCGAAGAUCUGCAGGAAUACGCUGCCCGCGUUGUUUUUGCCCAUCUCAAAGCGCCCUCAAACCACGAAAGCUUGGUCAAAGUGGGAGGCUAUAUCCUCGGCGAAUACGGGCAUCUUAUCGCCAACGAGGCUGGACACAGCCCCAUCGAGCAAUUCAAGGUCUUGCACUCCAAGUCACAAUUCUGUGUUGCUUCGACGCGUUCUCUCCUCCUUUCGACGUAUAUCAAAUGGGUCAACGUUUUCCCGGAGAUCAAACCGCAGCUGCUGAACGUAUUUGAGCGCUACCGGCAUGUGCUGGACGCGGAACUGCAACAGCGAGCGUGCGAAUUCUAUGCGUUGGCACGCAGGCCGGAGGAAGACGAGAUUCUGCAAAACGUGUGCGAAGAGAUGCCACCGUUCCCACCCCGAGUGAGUGCGUUGCUCAGCCGACUGAACGCCAAACAUGGGGAUACUGGGGACAAGCGAACCUGGGUCCAUGGCGGCAAGGAGGCUCAGCUCGACCGGGCAGCUGCGAAGAAGACGACGCUGGCCCCAGUCGAGACGAAUGGUGCAGCAGCUUCACCAACAGACAAUCAAGAUAUUUUGGGGUCGCUGGCCGGUCUCGAUCUCACUUCUGCAUCACCGGUCGCAAUGUCCGAACCAAACCGCGGCGAGGAUCUGUUCUCGACCAUGGCGCAAAAUGGGGCGCCGAGGAUCGCCAUGGGCCCCGAUGUCGACCGGUGGUUCGACAAGCUGACUUGGGGUACCGAAGGUGUUCUGUACGAGGAUGUGCAAAUCCAGAUCGGGAUCAAGUCGCGAUACCAAGGCCAUAUCGGCCAGCUCGCGGUGUACAUCGGAAACAAAGUCCCCACGGCGCUGACCUCGUUCACUGCCUCGCUGCACAUCAGCGAUCCGGAGGCGUUGUCUGUGACAUUUGCCAAGAUUCCACCGAGCACAAUCGCACCUCGCACCCAGUCGCAGCAGCUGCUGCAUGUGGAAUGCAAGAAAUUCUUCGCUACUCCGCCUGUGCUGAGUCUGUCGUUCCUGGCGGGCUCGCACCAAACGCUGUCGAUCCGACUGCCAGUGGUUGUGACCAAGUUUUUCGAGCACGUCAAACUGGGUGCAGCCGACUUUUUCGAGCGGUGGAAAGUCAUCGGCGGGCCGCCUCGAGAAGCACAGUCUGUUUUCCCCAUUGAGCUGAGUAGCGUGGGACAGCUGGAUCUGGUCAAGCAUCGCAACGUCGUCAGCGGAUACCAGUUGAAUGUGCUCGACGAGAUUGACCCCAACCCCAACAACAUCGUCGCUGCUGGUGUGCUGCAUAUGGCAGUCGAAGGCAAGGUCGGUUGCUUGAUGCGGCUCGAGCCCAAUCGGGAUGCCAAACUGUGUCGACUGACUGUUCGAAGCACAUCAGAGCAAGUAGCAAGCGAAGUGCUCAAACUUGUGCAAAAGCCGCUCAAAGCAUAAUGAUUACAGACACCAGACAUUGUACAUAUUAGAUCUGCAGCAGUCAUACUUACCGGAUAAUUACAUUGUAUAAUGCUUGUUGUACAAUUCCUACUUGCGCCAUUUCAUUCCAAAUAUACCUCGCUUCUUCUUCUCUUCUUCCGCUUCCAGCGAUAACGGAUUGGCUGGAUACGAGACGGAAUCCGUCGAUGACGAGCGCGCCCGUCGGUGGGCAUGGACAUUUGCAGCCGUCUCGGCCCAACCACUCGGAGACUGCACUGACGGCUGGGGUACCGCGCGCCGGCCGGCAGCGGCGCGGUCCGGCGCGGUCGACGGCCGGCGUGGUUUCCUCGGUGAGGGCAUCGACGCAGAAACCGACAGCGAGGACGAGUGCUCGGGUCGUCGAGUUCGCUCUGCUUCAGUUCCCAUGCGAGAGGCCAUCUGACUGACCCGACGGAGAGCCGACUCUUCCACUUCGAUGCAUCGCUGGCAGAAGUCGUGCAAAACGGGGUCGUCGGGGCAAUUGACUCGAGCGUUGCGGAUGACAGCAGAUGCUAUAAUCGCGAGCUGCUUCGGGACGUCGGGAACAGCUGGCAUUGGAAUGGACUCCCGGCUCAGCACAGGCAUCAGCAUUCUUCGAGUUCUCAGUGCGUUGACCACUGCCAAUCGCUGAUGUACUUCGCCGUCGGGUGAGUCGUCAUGUUUCCAG